CCGUCCACCGCGCGCAGCGGCCGCCUCUGGCUCCGUCUCUCCCCGCCCCGGCCCCACCUCUCAGCCUGCCUGCGGCCUCCUCCGUGGACCCCGGGCCUAGCAGCGGCGGCGACAUGGAGUCGAGGGGUGGCAGCGCGGAGGCCAUGCGCGGACCGCGGGUGCUGGUGGUGGGCGGUGGCAUCGCGGGGCUGGGCGCGGCCCAGAGGCUCUGCCGCCACCCCGCCUCCCCAUAUCUUCGGGUCCUGGAAGCCACUGCCCGGGCCGGGGGCCGCAUCCGCUCCGAGCACAGCUUCGGUGGUGUGGUGGAAGUGGGCGCACACUGGAUCCAUGGACCUUCGCAGGGCAACCCUGUCUUCCAGCUGGCGGCCAAGUAUGGGCUGCUGGGGGAGAAGGAGCUGUCGGAGGAGAACCAGCUGCUGGAGACAGGAGGCCACGUGGGGCUGCCCUCCGUGUGCUACACCGACUCAGGCACCAGCGUGAGCUUGGAGCUGGUGGCAGAGAUGGCCAGCCUUUUUUAUGGCCUUGUGGACCAGACGCGGGAGUUCCUGCACUCGGCCAGGCCCCCCGUGGCCAGCGUCGGCGAGUUCCUCAAGCAGGAGAUUGGCCAGUUGGCAGCCGGCUGGACAGAGGAUGAGGGCAGCCGGCAGCUGAAGCUGGCCAUCCUGAACACCUUCUUCAACCUGGAGUGCUGUGUGAGUGGCACCCACAGCAUGGACUUGGUGGCCCUGGCGCCCUUUGGGGAGUACACGGUGCUGCCUGGCCUGGACUGCACCUUCUCGGGGGGCUACCAAGGACUCACGGAUCACCUGGCGGCCUCCCUGCCCAAGGAUACGCUGGUCUUCAACAAGCCUGUGAAGACUGUGCACUGGAACGGGGCCUUUGAGGCAGCGGCGUUUCCUGGAGAGACCUUCCCUGUCCUGGUGGAGUGUGAGGAUGGGGACCGCUUGCCUGCCCACCAUGUCAUCAUCACUGUGCCCCUGGGUUUCCUAAAGGAGCGGAUGGACAGCUUCUUCGAGCCACCAUUGCCCGCCGAGAAGGUAGAGGCCAUUCAGAAACUGGGAUUUGGGACCAACAACAAGAUCUUCCUGGAGUUUGAGGAGCCAUUCUGGGAGCCAGGCUGUCAGUACAUCCAGCUGGUGUGGGAGGACAGCUCACCCCUGCAAGACGCCCGCCCCGUUCAGCCCGACACCUGGGUCAGGAAGCUCAUUGGUUUUAUCGUGCUGCCUCCCUGCGGGUCUGCCCACGUGCUGUGUGGGUUCAUCGCGGGGCUUGAGUCGGAGUUCAUGGAGACACUGUCGGAUGAUGAAGUGCUCUCGUCCCUAACAAGUGUGCUCCGCAAGGUGACAGGGAACCCGCAGCUGCCCACACCCAGGAGUAUGCUGCGGUCGCGCUGGCACAGUGCCCCCUACACCCGCGGCUCCUACAGCUACGUGGCUGUGGGCAGCACCGGCCGGGACAUCGACCUGCUGGCCCAGCCGCUGCCCGUGGAGGACCCCAAGCCCCAGCUGCAGCUCCUGUUUGCGGGAGAGGCCACGCACCGCACGUUCUACUCCACCACUCACGGAGCCCUACUGUCCGGCUGGCGCGAGGCCGAGCGCCUGGCGGGGCUGUGGGAGCCGCAGGCACCGCGCCCUUGGCCCCGGCUCUAGCCCCGCCGCCCGCACAUAAAGCAGCUGAAA